GAACUCAUCGAAUUUACCACACGAAAAUCAAGUGGCCGCGAGCACGGCUGCGUUUGGUUUGCCGAAAGAUUCUUGACCAAAUCUGUCUGAAUGGAAGUAACUUGAUUAUUGCACGUGGUCAAAAGUAAUAACGAAGUUUCGGUGGUUGACCAAGCGGUUAUGCUUAUGACGUAACAAUUUUUUUGGUGGCAGGAAAAAUGGCUGGAACAUGGACUGAGGACGAAAUUGGGCGAAAAUGGGAUCGCUGCUUUACGGACGCUGUUCUUAAACUAGGCGGUGGUGUGUUCCUAGGAUCCGUAUUCUCCCUUCUCUUCUUUAGAAGAAAGAAGUGGCCAAUAAUAACAGGAGGUGGUUUUGGCCUAGGUAUGGCGUACUCUAAUUGUGAAAAAGAUAUAAAUGCAACAUUAAUACAGAACAGGCCACAAGGUCGAAAAUGCGAGGAGAAGAAAAAGUAGCAAACCGAGUGUUUUAUCAUUUAGAAGAGGAAAGAAGCAUGGAAAAUCGUCAACUAGUAUAGGCGAUAAGUCCAGUAAUGUGGUCAUGCACCAUGUUAGUUGAAUUUAUAACAUUAUGUCGCAAAUGUCGCGUUGAUACGAAAAUAAAAAUCUUGCAGUGUACAUACAUAUAAUUAUUAUGACCAGAUAAUGGUAUUGUAAAUUAUGUUCAAAAAAUGUAAUAAAAUGACUUUAAAUGUCUAUUCUUACUCCA